AUGUUCCCAAGUUUUCGUUCUUUCCUUCCUGUCGUUCCCUUCCUUCCCAGUCCGCAAAUUCCCAGUCAGGUCAGUGGUCGUCGGUCUGUCGGUCGGGCGAUUCACCUGAGCUUCAAGACCAACAAGCACUCUUCAUACCCUUCUUACCACCUCAUCUCCGACUCUUUCUGUUCGCUAUCCAAACACUUCUCUACGCUCAUUGUGUGUGGUGGGCUGUUUGAACAAGUCGUGAUCCUUUUUCAUCGGCUUUUUUUUUUCUUUGGCUUUAUUUCCUAUGUUCGUGAGGUGUUUUCGCAAGUUUUCUUUGGCCUGCCUCGGAUUCGUGAAGACCGCCCCGGACGUAUCCCCUCGUAUGCCUUUGUCUCGCCUGUAGCCGCUCCCCUCCCAAAUAUCUCAUCGCUCAACAACACCGGCAAACUGGAUUUCCCAAUCGAAGACAGCAUCGCCAAAGGGGCGUUGCUGGGCGACACCGUCUUCCCCGACUGGCAAGAUGGCACCUCUCACGAUAAUGCGGUCGACGGUCCCGACGAGAUGCAGCGAAAGGAUCCUCUGGCAACGCAGAUAUGGAAAUUGUACUCGCGGACAAAGUCUCAAUUGCCCAAUCAGGAACGUAUGGAGAAUCUGACUUGGCGGAUGAUGGCGAUGAGUCUGAAGCGUCAGGAAAGAGAGCGAGCCGAACAAGCACGCCUCGCUGCUCAGCAAGCUGCUCAGACUGCUCAAAAGCCUUCUUCCACAACUCCAAGUGGAAUUGCUCAGCUGCGCCAGGCCACCCAGAGCAACAACACCGCUCCUGCCUCUGCCUCGGCUGAUUUCAUGAACCUGGACGAGUUCAUCGUGCCUUCAUCCAUUGGCUCACCGGCUGGCAUUGAAACUCUACCUACUAGUUCCGACCACAACAUCGCCCCUCAGUCCUAUUCGGUCGCUCAAUCUGGCAUUCCCAUCAAGGCCCGCAAGGACCAGAACGUCUCGCAAGCCCCGCUUAUCCCAGCUUCCUUGCCUCAUCCUCCGCAAGAAUUGCGUCGCAACGACGAGUUCGGUUACGUGCAGCGCCGUGUACGGAAAACCAGUGUAGACGACCGCAAAGCACCUCGCAAGCGACCUGCGGAAUUCUCCCCUCAAGUCGUUCCUACCUCCAAUCUGAUGGUGCAACAGAAUGAUCAGGAAUUGGACACUGCCAUGAUGCCAGACUACAGCUUGGACCAACCGCACUCCGGCUUUCCUCAUCAUAACAGCCAUACCUCCCCCACUGUGCCUUUCAAUCUCGAUACCUUCCAGAUCAAUGACGACCCUAUCCUUACGUCUGCGGGGCCCUUCCAGCAGAACUUUACUUUCUCUCCUACAGAGUCGCCAUUGGUGACUUCGGGACCCUUCAGUCAUGUCUAUGCUCAGACUCCUAUGGGUUCAUCACUGAACUCAACCGAUUUCUAUUCUCCCCCUCAAUCCGGCUAUCAGUCUACUGCGUCGACUCCUCAACCUGUCUAUGACGGAGAGCACUCGAUGUACUUUGAGCAGAACUCCAUGGAUGCUCGUGUUCAACGCAGAGUCCCCGUCUAUGCUGCCCCUAGUCAUCGCACAUCCAACCUCACUGCCUCUUUGCAACCUCGAUAUAUGUAUGGUUCCAAAACCGAUCCAAAUGCUGCAACCUACAAUACCAUGAGCGGACCCCCUUCUAGCAUUCCUUCUCCUGGAUUCGCAUCCCAUCAACACAUUGAUCCGUCGUCCGUAAUCACUCACAAUGACUUCUCCGCCCCUCCCUCGCAUCACAACCUGAACUUGACUAGCAGUGAGAACAUGUUCACCUUUGGAGCCGACUCCGACAAUGAAGACGAUGAUGGAACUACCUUUCCAGACCAGAACAUGGCCAUGCAGACUGAUUUUCAAGGUAUGGACGAUAUUUCUGGUGACAUGUCCUCGGGCUUGCAAUGGGAUGCUCAGCUUGCUGGUCACUAUGGCUCUAUGCCAAACUUUUCAGGUCUGCAUCAUGGAAGGAUGGGAGAUGUCAUGGAUCAGUCGCAUGAUUGGGAAAGUGCAAGUCUGCCCCGCGGGCAUGCCUCAACAACCAACAUGAGUGGUCGACCAAAACUUGGACGUGCAAAUACAGAUCACAUGGGCAUGCCGAUGCAGUCGCAUACGUCACCCAACACACCGCCUGAGUCUGGAUUCAGCAGCGUCGCACCGUCCCGGCCUGCUAGCCCUGGCGGCACUAAACCCGGUGAUUCGGGUGCUCCGACUACUUGUACCAACUGCUUCACUCAGACGACGCCCCUGUGGCGUCGCAAUCCUGAGGGACAACCUCUUUGCAAUGCCUGUGGUCUGUUCUUGAAACUUCAUGGCGUAGUUCGACCUCUGUCUCUCAAAACUGAUGUGAUCAAGAAGCGCAAUCGCGGUGGAGGAAACAACCUUGCGAUUGGCGUAUCUGCGGCCCGGUCCAAGAAAGGUUCUCGCAAGAACUCAGUACAACAGACUCCCGUUGUUACACCGCCAAGUUCAAGCAAAUUACAGAGCACCAAUGCCUCGGAGUCACCGCCAUCUAUCGCUGGCUCGACCACUUCUGGUACCGGGUCGAAUGGUGUCGCUGGUUCUGUCAAGAGUGGCGUUGUCCCUAUUGCAGCCGCUCCCCCAAAGACCACGCCAUCUGCUGGUGCUCAAGCCAGAGCAAUUCAGGUUGCUCCCAAGCGUCAACGGCGACUUGACAAAGACUCCAUUGGUUCUCUGGCAAGCAUUCAAGCUAGCUUGUCUCAGGACAGCCCAGAAGCAGCCUCGGAUGAUACGAAUAUUGAUAAUAGCAAAGCUGGUGCUGGCUCAUCGGCAGCCGCCAGAUCUAAAAAUGUACCGCUGGCACCAGCCAUGCCACCGGCAGCUACGAACCCGGCCCAUCACAGUCUGGCUGCAGGAUCCGGUCAGACAGCUAGUCAGGAGUGGGAGUGGUUGACAAUGAGUCUGUAA